AUGCCUUCUCCCGUCGGCUCUGAGUGCUGGCGUAAUCCGAAUGCUUGCGAUGAUUUCUUGCAAAUGGAGUCAAUGUUGAGCGAAGGAGCAAGCCUCAUAGAUGUUCUCAAAACGCUGUAUCCUUGCAUUGAAGAGCCACCCGAAGGAUGGUCGGAUCACCUGUCUUUGCCUAUAUUGGAGAUCAUGUCCAUUCUCACUAAAAUUGUUGACCGUCCGCCUAGAAGAGAGAAACUCACAGCUUAUAAUACUUUUGAGGAUGCUGUAGAGCUUUUCAGAACGCGGAAGCGCAUUUUGAUGUUGACCGGUGCAGGUGCAUCUGUGUCUUGUGGUACAAGAUUUUCGCAGCAAAGAUGGAACUACACGCAAAAUAUCGAUACUCUUGGAAAGCAAGCCCAUAUAGAGCGAGUGGUGGGAUGUCACGAGACUUUACGUCAGUUCGACAAGAAUGAGAAUUUUCAGACUUACCUUCUUCUUACUUACCAUCUUAGUGAUUCUCUCUGCCGUGGACGUUGGUGAAUGCGGGCUUUUUGGAGAUAUUUUUGGCCUUUUAUUCAAACCAAUUGGAGAAAAAAUAAAAGGAGUUUUCAAAAAAAUAAUCAAAGGAAGUAAAGAAAUAACAGAUAAAGGUCGCUAUCUCCUGUCGAUAAGGCACGGUCGCAGACGGAGAGCAAUCAAAGGAGAGUGAUAUUUUGUGAUCGAUUGU